CGGGAGAAUCCCAACCAGGGCCACGCAGGCCGGGAAGGUCGUAUCUUUUGCUAUGCUUGGCUGUUCCCCUGAGGACAAGCGACAUGGGGAAGGCACCAUUUCCGGAUGCUCAGAAGAUCACCUCUUUGACAGGCAUGUUUACCGCGAGGCAGCAUGCAGAGCUACCUACGGCGCUUUGUCUCGCCCGUCCGCACCUGCUGCCGCACUCUGCCGCUAGCACGGAGCCGCGAACCUGGCUGUUUCUGAGCGUUCAAGACGUUCAUGUCCGGGGUAACUCGCAGGUGUCGGGAGAACGGACAGGCCGUGUCCGUCCUCAAGGAAGGGCUGUAUCGGGAUUGGCACCGUGUCUCCGCUGAUACAGACUUGCUUCGCAGGCCGGCCAGAAAAUGUGGUAAUACAUACUGAGUUCUGCGCCCUGUUUGGCGCAUGACUGGAAGCCGCUCUUCUCUCUGAUCCCCUUCCUCCCAGGCCUAUUGCCCAGACUCAGAGACACCGCCACUGAUCAGCACUCGCUCGCAGUAUCUCUGCUUUAUCUCCUCCACGAGCCCGCCGUCCGCCCCUUCCGGAGAAGUAUACAUAUAGGCAGGUCUCCGCCGGGCACUGCUGCCGCGCCACAUCAUCUCCUCUUUGCUCCAAACUCUUGUCAGCUCUGGAUCCUGCUCUUCAUCGCUAUGCUGGACAACAACAGUACUUCGUCGCUCACGAGUCUUCAAGAUGAACGGCCGGAGCGCAAAAGGCACCAGGGAUGGCGAAAGCCCGUGCCCCAGUAUGCUCCCGACCCGCCGAAGAAACCUUCGUUGCUGGCCAACGCGUCCGCUCUGCGCCGCAUGGCACUACUCACGUCCGGAGACGAGAGACCCCCA